CUGUCGGUGUUCGCUAUACAACUGAUGCUAUCCUGGAAGCUUGUCAGUACCAUGCUAACAGUUGUUAACAUUAGCCCCCAGCUUUACCUUGCGCUCACGGUGUCAGUAGACCUGCGAGAAGUGAUGAUAUUGCAGUUAGCUUGUUAAAAUGCUCUGCUCCCGGUGUUUUCUGGCUUUUGAAACGUCUUUUAAUACAACUAUCCGAUAAAACUUAACCAAAACUGGCUGUUUAGAUAGCCUUUUUUGUUAGCUAUCUGGUUGUUUAUGACAGUGGCUGCGGAUGACAUUUGGAAACGUUUUGACACCUGAGCUAGCACCUCUACACAGCUCGGUAUUAUCAGUACCACCACCAGCAUCGUCUGAACUGGAUCCUUGACUUGACUAGCCCCCUGGCGAGAGGCACUUUUCCUUUGAGCACGGAGGGAUCUCAGUGAAGGCUGAAAGAUGGUCUGAUGGACCGCCGCUUCUUCCUGACCUUCCUCCUCUGUUCUGUGUCGUGGAUCUUCUUCUGGGAAGUGCGCUGGAAGAAAGGAAAAGAAAGUCAGAUUGAGGAAUGGCUCCAAGGACAUAGCCUCUCUCAGUACGGACACUUAUUCGAAGAUGUACAGACGCUGGAGGAACUGAGUCUGAGUGUACUGAGUCGUCUGGAAGAGGUGGUGAAGGAACAGCAGCGCUGGAGGGAGAUUGCAGAGGCCCACAUCCAGCUGCUCAGAGACUUUGCCUUCCAGGAGUGGCUUUGCUCCCAGAACCUGGAGCACUAUUACCAUGCACUGAAGACCUUGGGUUGUAUGAAUCUUGAUGACUUGUCACAGUUUGACAGUCAACUGCAGCUGUCUCUAGCUGCCUGGGGCUACUACUACGAAGACUACAUAAGGUUGUCUACUGGCAUCAAAAUCCUUCAGACGUCCAGGGGGAGUCGUGACCAGGACUACGAGAUCCGGCUGGUGCACAGCCUUGCUGAGAGGCGUCUGAAUGAGAAGUGGUCAAUUGCGGGAGCUCUCAUAUUUGGCUGUACUGUGGCGCUGUGCUUCUUGAUAAGGGACCUCAUGUUUUACGUUAUUGGUGGAAUUACUGUUUCCAUCAUAGCGUUUGUCUUUACCAUCAAGUUCCUCUGCGAGCUUGCAGCGAGGGUGGUCAGCUUCCUGCAGAAUGAGGAUCCAGGGCGACGCGGUGACCGCAGCAUCUAUGACUAUGUCCGGGGAAACUACCUGGACCCACGUUCCUGCAAGGUGUCUUGGGAUUGGAAGGAGCCGCAGGAAGUGGGGCAGACUAUGAGUUUCAGGGUCCAGCUGUUUUACAAGAAUGGCCAGCCUUUCCCAGCGCAUCGGCCUGUUGGACUGAGGGUCAACAUCACUCACAUUGAACUGGCUCUGGACAUCCCUGUUACACAGGAAGUUCUGCAAGAACCAGAGUCCAACGUAGUCAAAGUGGCCUUCACAGUGCGCAAGGCCGGACGCUAUGAGGUUGCCGUCAAGCUAGGUGGCCUCAAUGUGGCAUAUAGCCCUUACUACAAGAUAUUCCAGCCAGGUACAGUUGUCCCAUCCAAAACCAAGAUCGCCUACCAUUUCUCUACCCUGGUGCUAACAAAUGGCCAGCAGCACACUUUGCAGAUUGAGCCUCGGGACGAAUAUGGAAACCCUACCAGUAACUCCACGUCUCUCACAGAUGAAGCCAACUACAGCGUCCAUGUGCACUCUCUGGGCACAGUGGACGAUGAUAAUCUGGAGGGGUACUACAGUAAGUCAGUUUCACUCAACAAGCAGCAGUGUCAAGUGAUGCUGAGAUUGACCCUAAGGAGGACAGGCUGUUUCAGGGCCCGCAUCUCCUACAAAGACCAGCCGCUCAGCAACGGGGAAUUUGACAUUAUUGUUCUCAAUGAGAAUGAGAAGGCCUGUGUGGAGAAGAAUGUUUCCACUCCCGGCAUAAGUAUCUACUUUGAGGCAUACCUUUACAGCAGUGGGAACUACAGCAGUUCCUCGUGGCAGUUACCAGCCUCCUCUUUGCUAGCUCCCCAGAGGAGGCCCUCCAUGGGAGAAGAGGAGGAUGAGCAUGACUCUCCUGUGGAGGGACAACCUGAGAAGGUUAAGAAACCAAAAAAGGUCUACUGUUACAUAUCGCCAAAGCAACUAUCCGUGAAGGAGUUCUACCUGAAAAUUAUUCCGUGGCGCCUUUUCACCUUUCGAGUAUGUCCAGGAACAAAGUUCACUUACUAUGGUCCUGACCCGGUUCACAAGUACCUAACUCUCGUGGUGGAUGAUGGGAUACAGCCUCCAGUGGAGCUCAGCUGCAAAGACAGGAACAUCAUGGCUGCCACCUUCAUUCGCUUCCUGCACAAGAACAUUGGUGGCUCUGAAACCUUCCAAGACAAGGUGAACUUCUUUCAACGUGAACUCAGGCACAUCCACUCUAAGAGACCUCGCACCAAGACCUGCCUAAAAAUCACACGACACUGCAUUCUAGAUUCAUCCCUGAAGGCUACUAGGAACUUCUCUGUGUCAGACUGGAGUAAGAACUUUGAGGUCGUGUUUCAGGAUGAGGAAGCUCUGGACUGGGGUGGGCCUCGCAGGGAGUGGUUUGAGUUGAUUUGUAAGACGCUCUUUGACACCUCCAACCAGCUGUUCACCCGCUUCAGCGACAACAACCAGGGCCUCGUGCACCCAAACGCUGAACGCCCAGCCCACCUGCGUCUGAAGAUGUAUGAGUUUGCGGGUCGUAUCGUAGGGAAGUGCCUGUAUGAGUCGGCGCUGGGUGGGGCCUACAAACAGCUGGUCCGAGCUCGCUUUACACGGUCCUUCUUGGCCCAGAUUAUUGGCCUCAGGAUGAACUACAAGUACUUUGAGACGGACGACCAGGAGUUCUACAAAACUAAAGUCUGCUUCAUCCUAAACAAUGAUGUGAGCGAAAUGGACCUGGUGUUUGCCGAGGAGAAGUAUAGCAAGUCAGGACAGCUGGAGAAGGUGGUGGAGCUGAUAUCAGGGGGAGCUCAGAUUGCUGUUACCAAUGAAAACAAGAUGCAUUAUCUCAACCUGCUGGCCCAGUACAGACUGGCCAGCCAGGUGAGAGAUGAGGUGGAACACUUCCUGAAAGGUUUGAACGAACUGGUUCCAGAAAACCUGCUAGCCAUAUUUGAUGAGAAUGAGUUGGAGCUGUUGAUGUGUGGCACCGGUGAUAUAAACGUGCAGGACUUCAAGGCCCAUGCUGUGAUUGUCGGAGGAUCGUGGCACUUCAGAGAGAAAGUGAUGAAGUGGUUCUGGGCUGUGGUGUCUAGCUUCACCCAGGAGGAGUUGGCUCGCCUGUUGCAGUUCACUACAGGCUCCUCUCAGCUUCCACCGGGAGGAUUCAACACCCUUUGCCCCUCCUUCCAGAUCAUCGCUGCCCCCACACACAGCACCCUGCCCACUGCACACACGUGUUUUAACCAGCUGUGCCUCCCGACCUACGACUCCUACGAGGAGCUGCACAAGAUGUUGAAGCUGGCGAUCAGUGAGGGCAGCGAGGGCUUCGGAAUGCUCUGAUUCUGCCAUCGCUGGCACUGUGUGGGUCCACUCGUACAAGGGGAGCUGUCCAUUCCACUGUACCUGUUCCCUGCAUUCAUCUGCAUUUAACAGUGGGCGUUUUGGCAGAGAAUUACCCAGACUCCCUCUAAAUACUCUCUCAGGAUGAGAGGGUGUUACAGGAAGAAGGCUGACCUGAACCCGGGACUCAAUGAUGUGAACUCCUGUACUACUGUAUGUAUAUAAAUAUCUUGCUUUUGUACAAAAAAAAAGAAUCCAGGAACUGCUGAAAAGGGUAAGGUUUGGGCUAGUUUUAUUUCUUAAUGCUAAAGUUAGCUUAGUUUUAUAUGUUAAUAUAAAGACUAGAGCAAAGGCCUUGAGUAUUACUGUAUAACUACUUUUUUUUGCGUUUUGCAAACUGAGGAACACUUAAGUGCAACAGCAGCCUACUUGUGACGUGGGUGAUGCGUGCAUCUCCAGCACUUUGGCCUUAAUCGAUCAGGGACUGAUGUGUGUAUGUAAAUAUAUAAUAUCACUCUUUUAUUUCAAUACUUGUACAUAGGAGUGUGUAUACGUCUGGUUGUAUUCAUCUGGUUACCUUUUUUUUUUAAUUUGACGUUAAGGGAGAAGGAAUUUCUUUAUUGUUGCACGUUUUGAUGGGUUGAAAGUAUAUAUUAUUUCUAUAAGCUUUUUUUUUCAUUCAGAAAUUAAAAGGUUUUUUAAAAAAGCGAAGUAAUUUCUAUUGUUUAUACAUGUUUUUAACUUAUUGUGUCUUGAAAGAACAUUUGUGUUGACCCCUACUGUUUAGAAUAUGUUCGUCUGGAGUGGGAAAAUGUUUUUGUUAUUGUUUUAUAACCUGCCUUAUUCAUGCCCUUUGCCUCUGAUUGUUUCCAGAGAGGUGCGUAGUCAACAGGUAAUAGAUAUAUUCUGACAUUUCUUCUAGUACAUGCAGGGGUUAUUGUGGAUGUGAGUGUUGGUUGGAUGUUUGGGAGAGCCCAUAUAUAACAAAAAUGUUGUUAUAUAUGCUGAAUGCGUUUAUACUUUUACAUUCACAGCCUUUUAUGGGUUUACCUCAGAAUCUCCUAUGCCACCUUUUGCAUCUUCUGUUCAAGCACAUGUACAGCAAAGCAUAGUUAGUUCAUAGUUGCCUCCUUUCAGUCCCGACAAAUACAACCUUUUAGCCAUAUUAUCCCAAAUCCUCAGUAAACUAAAGCAUUAUAUCAGUGGUGUUUCUAUCCUUUGUUAUUGUAAAACUAGUUAUCUUCAGUAUGUCAGUAUCCUGAGCCAACAGUUUUUUUCAGUUGAUAAUUGUGUAGCAAUUCUUUUGCUGUUUCAGAGUUUACAUAUUCAUUAGUCUUUUUUCUUUUUAAUAGUGUGUGCUGCCAGAGUGUUUGGGAAAAUUCGCGUUUAGACUCGGAAGCAAAAAAGAAAACAUUAAUGGACUCAUCUUCUCAUUAGUAUUUUUAUUUAUAUUCAUGCUCCUCCUCGGAGAACUCUGGAUGCAGUUUCACUCCCCACAUUUUUCUCACAGUCGGCAGUAAAAGUUUGUCUCGGCCACUAAGAGAUUCAAUUUGUUUUUUGUUUUUAUUCGGAGGCAAAGAAUCUGAUUGGAGUUGCUGCAGGUUGGGAUAAACUGCAUCGGUUCACCCAAGCCAAUACAGCGUCCACUUGGGAUUUGAUGAGUAUUCGCUUGUGCUUUAGCUGGCUUUUUACAGUGUUAAGAGGUUUAUAAGAGGGUUUAUGUUUGUUUGGGUUGUGCAAUGUUGACCUGAUGUCCUGAGGAGACCAGUGAAAAUGUUAUAAGUGCUUAUGAAAAUGUUUCAUGAAGGGUGUGUUCUCAGCACCAGUACCAAUGGCUAAUAUCAUAUUUAUGUGAAGUAAAAGGUAGUUUAAGCAUCACACGUUAGCUGUCCCGUUAGACAGGACCAUUAUUAACAAAUAUGAAGGAAGUCUGUCGUGUAGUUUUAUGUUCUUGUUUAAUGUUUUUGCUUUUCAUGAGCAUCUAUUACUCUGUUUUAUGUUUAGGUUGUUUCUGGCUUAGAUGACAUGAGUGUGACUUUUAGCAUUGUAGAUAUUGUGAAAUAUUUGCCUAUGACUUUGAAGCGGGGGUACUUUUUUUCUUUUCUUUUUUUAACGGCAAAAUCUUUGCUGAUGAAUGUUUGAGAUUCUCUGCACUGCAGGCCCUUUGUUUAUGGGAAUAAAAAACGAUGGACUAAA